AUGAAUAAAAUAAAACUAUUCAUUUUCGCCACAAUAUUUUCAAUAUUUUCUCUAGUUACAAGUGACGAACUCAAUUCUCUCUUCGUUAGAGAUUAUUUUUUAAAUAAACAAAUAAAUCAAAUAGUGUCAUUUGCUUGUUGGAGUUCACUUGAAAUAAUGCAAUUCGUCCGCCUAAUGACGGAGUCAAACAUCAAAAUUUCUUAUAUUGAUGAUUACGAAAAGCACAACAUGAAAUUAGCAAUGAAAGUCAAUUAUUACAAAUUAGGAGUUUUUUUGGAUCUCGAUUGUCCACAGAAAGAAGAUAUUUUUACACAGUUUGCAACAGUAAAUAAUUUACCAUUCAACGUAUCAUAUUUUUGGCUGACAAUUAUAAAAUCGGAUAAAUUUCCAACUGAGACGGUUGCUAAUCUUCCAUUGACAGUUGCAUCCGAAUUGACAACGACUCUUAUUCAUGAAAAUAAAACUUAUGUCAUGUAUGACGUUUAUAAUCAUAGUUAUCGUCACGGUGGACGCAUUAACAUAACUUACAUGGGCUUUUGGAACGAGAAUAAUGGAAUAAAUAUAUUUUUUAAUCAAUACAAAUACAAACGUCGUGGAGAUUUUCAUGGACUUGUUUUAAAUUUCUCAACAGUUUAUACAAAUACUCCGCGACCGGAUUUGAAGACCUACAUGACAACAUCAAUUAAUCCGCAUUUAGAUCCAGUGGGUCGAUUUCAAUAUGAAUUGGUGAAACAAUUGAGCGAAUUGUACAAUUUCACUCCAGCGCUAUUAUUUCGACAUCCAAAGAAAAAUAAAAUACGCAACAUAUUUAUAAAUCCAUUUCAAAAUAAUGUCUGGUGGGCAAUUUUGACAUUUGGAAUUAUUUUCUGGUUCUUAUUAUUAUUUAUGAUCGGAAAUGAAAGGAAAUUUCAAAAAAAUAAAUCCGAAAUUAAUGGCUUGUACAUAAAUCAAAAUACGGCAACAUUUCUCGUCGUAAUGGCCGCUAUCACUCAACAAGACGCCAACGAUAUUCCUAAAUUUUAUUCCAAUCGAAUACUUUUCGUCUCAACAUUCCUUUGGGGAAUGUUACUCUUUCAAUUUUAUUCCGCAAGUAUCGUGGGAUCACUUUUGGCCGAGCGUCCUCGAUUUAUUAAUACAGUUUACGAUUUAUUAAAAUCUGAUAUCGAAAUUGGAAUCGAUGAUGUUAUUUACAAUCGCAGAGCUAUAGAACAUCCACCCGACGACAGAUGUCGAGCUUUAAAAAAAAGAAUUGAGGAAAACACAAGAAAGGGAAAACGCUCUUAUUUCAACAGUUCUGAAGGUUUGAGUAGAAUGAAAAAUGGACAAUUCGCAUUUCUUGUUGACGUUGCAAUAGUUUAUAAACAUAUAGAGGAAACUUUCACUGAAAACGAAAUUUGCGAACUAACAGAAAUCAAAGCCUACGAUGGUGAGGAACUUGGUAUUGUCACCAGUAAGCGUUCACCAUUUAAUAAAAUGAUCGUCUAUGGAUUGAGAAAAUCUGUAGCUGGUGGAAUAACAAGACGUCAUCGAACAAUUUGGUAUCCGAGACGACCACAAUGUCCACCAGGUCACAGUUCGAAACCAGUUCCUGUCGAAUUUGGCGAAUUUAGUUCAGCAAUUCUUCUACUAUUUGGAGGAUUAAGCGUCGCUGCAUUUAUUCUCAUAAUUGAAAAAAUUAUUCAACAAAAAAAUUCACAACAUAUUUCACCUGUGGAAAAUAAUUCUCAACCGGAAACAAAUAAUUCCUCACCUCUUCAUUGUUGA